UCUCAAAUAGUUCAGUCUCUUUAAAAUAAAAAAAAGAAUAAAAUACUCUUGAAAGUGUGGUUGGGUGUUGACAUUUUGUGCUUUGCCUGUGUAAGAAUUGAUAGAUGACCACUGGGAUAUUUGAAAUUUUUUUAACCCCAAACUGUGUUUUUGGUUGUAUUAUAAGAAGGGGGUGGGGAAGGUUUUCAUGUAGAAAAUAUAAUUAAGGAGAUUUAGCAAUGGAGGUUUUGUUGAUGAAAGUACCAAGGGCAGGUGGUGCUGUCAAACAAGAAAAUAAUAUUGCUCCAUCUGUUGGCUAUGAAGAAGGUUGCAGUCCAGAAGCUAUUAAGAUCACUGAUAUUGGAAGAAAACAACACCAAAGUAGUGAUCUGAACUUAUCAUCACCUUGCCAUGAAGACUUGGUGGAUAACAAAGAGAAGGUUGAACUUGAAUCCGCAAAGGCUGAGAUUGGUGAGGUGAAGAAAGAAAAUGAAAGGUUAAAGAUGAUGUUAGAGCAGAUCCAGGAGAAUUACAAGUCUCUUCAAUUACGCUUCUUUGAAAUCCAUCAACAAGGAGCUGCCAAAAAAUCUGCACACUCAGCUCCUUCUCAUAAUGAUGUUCAAUCUUCAGAAGAUGAACUUAUUUCUCUUUCCCUUGGAAGAAGUAGUCCAACUGAUUCCAAAAAAGAAGAGAAAACAACCAGAUCUAGCAAAACUAAAGAAGAUCAAGAGAUCAAGGCCGGUCUGACUCUCGGAUUAAGCUCUAAGUUUCAGUUGUCUACAGAGAUUGUGUCAAAUCCAAGCCCGGAAAAUAGUUUAGAAGAACCAAAGGAAGAUGAUGCAGAAGAAACAUGUCCACCGAGCAAGAUUCAAAAGACCACAAAAAAUGGAAAUGAAGAGGCUGCACAACAAGCCCAUCUGAAGAGAGCUAGGGUUUCGGUGAGAGCUAGAUGUGAUGCAGCAACUAUGAGUGAUGGAUGCCAAUGGAGGAAAUACGGACAGAAAAUAGCAAAAGGAAAUCCAUGCCCGAGAGCUUACUAUCGUUGCACUGUUGCACCGGGAUGUCCAGUAAGAAAACAGGUGCAAAGAUAUGCUGAGGAUAUGUCCAUCUUAAUCACAACUUAUGAAGGGAACCACAACCACCCACUUCCAGUUUCAGCUACAGCCAUGGCUUCCACCACCUCAGCAGCUGCUUCCAUGCUAUUGUCUGGCUCUUCAACAUCUCAGCCAGGCCUCAGUUCCACAGCCACAAGUGCUCUUACAACUGAACUCAAUGGAUUAAACUUCAGCCUCCAUGAUAAUUCAAGAACAAAACAGUUCUACUUGCCAAACUCUACCUCACCUUUGUUCCCAACAAUUACUCUAGACCUCACCGCCUCUCCUUCCUCUAAUUAUUUCAACAGGAUCUCUACAAACUUUCCAACAACAGCUAGAUUUCCUUCAACAAAUCUCAACUUUUCUUCAUCAGAAUCCAACAUUUUACCUACAGUUUGGGGCAAUGGCUACCCUGCUUAUGGUAAAGUACCCUAUAAUCAAACUCGCAAUGGGAACUUAAACCUUGGAAAAGAGUCCCUACAACAGUUUUACAAAUCAUUCUUAGAAAAGAAUCACCAAGCUGCAGCUUCCCAACAGUCAUUGACAGAAACUUUAAUCAAGGCAAUCACAUCAGACCCAAGUUUCCGAUCAGUAAUAGCUGCUGCCAUUUCAUCAACGGUUGGUAGCAGUGUAAAACCUGGAGACCAAACUGAUAAAAAAUCUGAAAGUUUUGGUCAGAAUUUGAUGCAGGCCAUUUCUCAAAAUUUACUUACACAGAAUGGGAACGAAUCAUCAUGCGCAUCAAGCUACUUCACUGGAUUGACAUCUUCAAGUUCUCAAACAGGAAGUCCACUUCAAUCCUCAUUGCCUUUUUCUAUUUUCAACAGUGCCUUUACACCAGCUUCUGAUAAUAAAGAACGCAAUAAUUAAUUGAUGGGAAAAAAGAUUUGGCCCUUCGAGAUGGUCUUGCAUAGUGUUUUGCCAAUAAGAAUCAAUUAUGAAGAAUAUUCUUAAGUGUUUAAAUCUUGUUGAUCUCUUGCUUUAAAGUUUGAUAUAUACAUAGCUGUUGUAAAAGUAAGUUGUUAUUCAUAUUUAUGAAAUUGAGAGUAAAUUUUAGAUCGUA